AUGUCGCGACUCUUUGAGCCACUGGCCGUUGGGUCAACUCCGCUGGAGCACCGAGUCGUUAUGGCGCCUCUGACCAGAUACCGCUGCGACGAUGAUCAUUGCCCAACUUCCAUGACAAAAGAAUACUAUGAACAACGCGCAUCAACACCUGGCACUCUCAUCAUCAGCGAAGCAACCUUCAUAUCCGAAAGCACAGCCGGUUCCGACAACGCACCUGGAAUAUGGUCCGAUGCACAAGUCACAGCGUGGCGGAGUAUAACCGAUGCAAUUCACGCAAAGGGCUGUAAAGUCUUUUGUCAGCUCUGGCAUCAAGGGCGAGCUGGCAACCCUGAUGUUCUCCAGAAAAAGGGCUAUCCACUUCUUUCCAGUAGUGCUGUCCCGGCUGAUCCAUCGAUGCCAACUCCCCAAGAAAUGACAGAGGAUGAUGUCCAGACUACCAUAGAAAACUAUGUCUCUGCUGCGAGAAAUGCCAUUCAAGCGGGUUUCGAUGGCGUUGAGAUCCACGAUCGUUGGGGAGGAAGUAUUGAGAACCGCGCUAGAUUUCACAUCGAAGUCUCAAAAGCCAUCAUCGCAGCCAUCGGAGCCGAUAAGAUUGGAAUGCGUCUCAGUCCCUACAGUGACUUUCUAGGCAUGCUCAUGGACGACCCAGAUCCUCAGUUCCACUAUCUCGUCGAGCAGCUCAAACCACUUGGUCUAGCGUACCUUCAUCUCAUAGAAGCUCGUAUUCGCGGAAACGAUGAUGCUGAUUGCGGUGGUCAACGGACAGUUAAGUGGAUUGUUGAGCUGUGGAACAACACAAGUCCUGUGAUCUUGUCGGGUGGCUUCAAGAGUGAUUCAGCUAGAACUGCUGUUGAUGAGAUGUACAAGGGGUAUGAUGUGUUGAUUGCGUUUGGGAGAUAUUUUGUCGCGAAUCCGGAUCUUGUGUUUCGUUUGAAGGCGGGUGUUGGGUUGGAGGGCUAUGAUAGGACUCAGGAGUUCCUGAGUAGGGAUACAGCGAAGGUGUAA